AAAAAGUACUUGUGUUUCUAUAUGUGUUUCUCUUGCAGAUAAAGAGCAGAGGGGGUGAAAGUCUAAAUUGCACAAAUACAUUGUCAACAUUUCUGGACCUAUACGUUGCCAAAGUAUUUGUGCAAUUGCAGACAUUGCUUGCAAUUUCUUUGGGAUGUAAUUGUAGCAUGUUGUGGUAUCAAUAUGUGACUUUUACUAGUACUGAAUACUGGUGUCAUGACAACCCUAAUGUUUGAGGCAUGAUUAUCUGCAGUCCUUGCUCUGGUUGUUUUGCAGACACUACUGGGCCUUCAGGGUGGAGCCGUACUCCUACAUGGUGAAAGUCGGGGUGGCCUCUGAUUCAAAGCUGAUUGAAUGGUUUCACAACCCCAGAGAUACCAGCAGCCCAAGGUAUGACCAUGACAGCGGGCAUGACAGCGGCAGCGAGGACGCGUGUUACGAGCUCUCCCAGCCCUUCACCCUCCUCACCGUGGGCAUGGGCAAACUCUUCAUCCCAAAGGCUUCCUCGUCCUCCUCGGCAAGCGCGGCUUCCAGCGACCCUGGCAACCGUGUGCUCCCCAUGCCACAGCGCUUGGGCGUAUGCCUAGAUUACGACGCAUGCCGCGUGUAUUUUUACGACGCCGACACCAUGAGGUGCCUUUACGAGAGGCAGGUGGAGUGCUCGGGAACAAUGUAUCCAGCUUUCGCCCUCAUGGGCAGCGGCAAGGUACAGCUGGAGGAGUUCAUCACGGCUAAGAGGCUGACCUUCUGAGGAGGGACGGAGUACAAAGACUUGCAUCGAUUUAAUCCGAGGCAUGUUCUCAGAAGAGCUGGUUUUAUUGACACGGUGAUGGAGUACAAUCCAAACUGUGUCUCUAAGGUCAGGUGAGGCAGGUGUGAUCAGGGUCUUUGGUCCUAAAUGUGAAAUGAGGGUCUAGAGUUGGCAUGUAUGAGGUACAAUCUGCACUCACAAGAGCAGGACACUGAAUAUAAGUGUCUAUAUACAAAGCAGAUGGUCUAUGGUAUGUGAAAAGUCUCCUCUGCCUACCAAAGUCUGUAGCUGUUUAAUUGUAUUGACCUACUUUUAAUUACCAGCUAUUAUCAGCUGUUUAUGUAGAGGAGUUAGCUGUGAAAUUAGCCUGCAGCUACUUUAAUUGUUUUAACAUUAAAACGCCUUGGAGCAUUCACUCACACUUCCUCCUACCAGGUUGUUUUUUUUUUUUUUUUUUAGAUGAUUUGGUGUGUAAAUAACACGGUGAUCUUUCUGUUCCUUUGGCUCUCUUCUGUAUCUGUGGGUCUAGACGUAGCAGCAUAGCUUAACAUGUAAUCUUGGUGGACCUAAGAGCCUUGUAGCUACUUUGAAGCUAGCGCCUUUGUGCCUUUUUUUUUUUCUUUCUUUUUUUUAAGAAAAUGGCUCACUUAGUUUGCUCUGGUAGGCUGAUGUUGGUGUCAUUGCACAAGCAUAAUGGAAUUAAUUCUCAGCAUAAAUACUGUAUGUGAGUUUUACUGUAGUUAGAGUGUAAUCACAGACACUGGUGUCAAUCUUGCAACUGUUAGAAAUUCUUCAUUAUGACUUCUAUUUAAUCUUGACUUCAUCACAAAGAAGCACUAAUUUCACUCCUUCUCACAGUUUUUCGUUCUGCUGUUUUUUGCACAAUAUUAAGAAAGAAGCCUCGCACAUGAUACACUCACAGUCACAUUUCGAUCACUACACCGCUAGCUUCUUCACUUUAAAAAAAAAAAAUGAUGUUGUCAACAAAAUCAGCACAUUAACGUCUCACUUUCACAUCAUCAUGAACUUUGUUUUCCCAUUUUAUGAGGAGUUUCUAAAAGCCUCUCACUGUUUGCGCAGCACUGAAUGUGACUUUCAACAUCGUUCAGCCAGCCGGGUACCUCGACGCUGUACCUGCAGUGAACAUCGCUUUCACAGCUUCAGAGUCACUUACAGCCUAAGCGUGCUGGUUCUGGUGCUGACUUUAAGUGCAAAACACAUCUCUGUGGCCAAGCUGCCUGUAAACACAGUUUAAAAACAAACAACACAGUAAUUCAGGUUUCUUUCAAAAGUGCUAUCACUAAACACACACUGUUCAGUACCUUUUUUUUUAUUUCUAACUGAACCACAGUUUACUUGCAGUACAGACACAUGAAGUGUAGCAUAUUAGCAUGUCACAGGUGAUCACGUUAUCAGACAGACUCCUCAGCGGUUGAUUGGUUAAAGCAGAUCUGAUAUUUAAGGCUGAGAGCACGUUAUUCAGACGGUUUGCUAUAGGCGACCACACGUUAUUAUUAUUAUUUUUGUUUAACAGACAUAUACUGUAAAUGUGCCUGCACAUGGGUUUGUUUGUACAUUCAUGUCUGGUUGGAUUUCUGUAGGAUCAGGGUAAAAGGUGGGUGUGUUUUCUCAGGUUUCUAGCCCUGUGAUUUGGGCCGAUGCUACCUACCUCUAUCAGUCAGGCCUGGAAAACCUUAACUACUGUACCUGUCCUCGCAGAAACGACUUUUAUUUGAGUUGCAGUUUUGUCCAAAACAAAAUCGAGUUCAACAUAUCCGCCUUCUCUUUCAUGUACGAUAAUAAGCUGAUCUUUCCAAAUGUUUAAUUCAUGUGUACAUAAUAAUCCAGAUUCUAUUAUUUUCUGUGAAAUUAAGUACAUCUUUAAAUGUUUAUGUUAACAGUCGCUGUUUGCUCGUGGACUUUAAAGAUGUGUAUCACUAUCGAUGACUCUUCUGUAACCUUGUUCAGCUGCCUUCUAUCAAACGGUACUAACGACAUUGUCUCCCUCUCUUUGUGGUGGUGUUUUUUGCUAAUCACUUUCAAUGUUUUUGCUAAUGGAGUUUUUGUUAGGCUUUUAAAACAUUUUAUAAAUUCCUUGCUCUGAGGUUUAGAUUAAUGAUAACGUCUUUAAAAACAAACUUUUGGAUUCUGUUUGCAUGUCUUUGUCUCACAUUGUUGGUCAAUUUCACUUCUAUUGUCAAAAGCUCACACAACUGUACUUUAAAUUGACUGUUUCUAUGUCUUGAAAAACACCUCUAUGCAUUUAUGGCAGGGUAAGUUCAGUUUGAAUUCCAUCACAGAAUGUAUUCCUGUUGUGUUUCUUAAACAAAACAAACAGCUGAAUGUUACUUUUCCAUGUGUUUUUAAGGUGGUUUUCUGCUGUUUUUGUUCCACUUGGGAGUCACCGCACAGUUGUAUGUAGUUACAGAAAAUCUGAUAAAUGGCAUGUUAUCUCAACGUCACAUCUGAUCUUACAGAACAAUUCAUCGUAGCCUGCUCUUCAGCCAUGAAUUUAGAACCAAAUAUUUAGCAGGCUGGCUCGCUCAAUCGUAUUCCAAGCUAGCACUUUAAAAGUCUGUAGCAUGUCAGCAACUGUUUGGCUCUGCAGGUGUGUGUGUGUGUGUGUGUGUGUGUGUGUGUGUGUAAUAAACGUGUGAGUGCAAUAUUUUUGGACAGGCUGUAGUAUAGAGAUUUAGACGAGCCUGGUAAAACAACUUGCACUGCUGUUAGUUUUUACUUUUCUUUGUGGAUUUAAAUGGGCUUUCCAGUUGAAAUGGGAUACUGAGAGAAAUCUAAACACUACUUUAUUUGUAUCUCCCCCCCCCCCCCCCCCCAGUAACACUCAUUGUUUCUGAACUCUUAAAUAUGUGGCAGUAAAUUUGUCCAUUUAUGUUUUUUCUCCAGAGGAUUUGGAUGUGGUGUGUAAGUGGUGGGUGUCUGUAGGUGUAGUAAAGCUGUGGAAAUAUUGUUCCUCGCUCAUAUUCCUGUUAAUGCUACAUUUUUCAAUUUGCUGUGUGGGAAUUCCAAUAAAUGAAACUAGUGUGUUUUUAAAUCUA